AUGGAGAAUUCACUACCAGCUCUCGCCGUCCCAGGACAACAACUCGCCACUACAGCAACUUACCUCCCCGGUGCAGGCACCCACGUCCAGAAUGGAAUCAUUUGUGCCUCCAUCUCAGGCCCGGUAUUCGUCGAACAACUCUCAGGACAGACGAAAUCAAAAGUCACAAAAUCGAUACUGAGUGUCUUGCGCUCCGGCGUCAGCAAUAUAGGACCCAAUGGUACGGUGCAAAAMCCAGCCGCACCAGCACCGGCAACGGCAACAGCAACAGCGACGACAGUAGCAGGAACCAAAAAACCCAAAUACAACACUCUACCCGCCGUCGACUCAGUAGUCCUUGCGCGCGUCACACGCGUCCAAAAGCGACAGGUCACUUUGUCUAUUCUCGUUGUUCUAGACGACUCCUCAUACUCCGACAACGACAAUAUCGCCGCCAUCCUGACCUCAGCCGCCAACCCCGAGAAUCAGAGCACAUCCGACGAACUACGCUUCCAGGCCCUGAUCCGCAAGGAAGACGUCCGCGCCGUUGAGAAAGAUCGCGUUGUGUUAGAGGAGAUGUUUCGUGUGGGAGACGUUGUGCGAGGCAGUGUUAUAUCGUUGGGUGAUCAGAGUUUUUAUUAUUUGACGACUGCGCGGAACGAUCUGGGUGUUGUGAUGGCGCGCAGUGAGGCGGGGAACAUGAUGUUUCCGGUUAGUUGGAGGGAGAUGAAGGAUCCAGUGACGGGGGUGCCGGAGUCGAGGAAGGUUGCAAGGCCGUUCUGA